AUGGUUAAUAAUCUCACUUCUGGUAUUGCAGCCACAUCGUUUAAACAUAAUCAUCAUCAACAACAUCAACAUCAACAUCAACAUCAACAUCAACAUCAACAUCAACACCCAACAUCUCCUCCACCAGCAAUUUCUAUAACUACCAACUCACCCAGAAUACCAACUCAUUCGCCUAUUUCCCCUCCUUCAGCCAAUAACACUCACAAUAACAAUAGCAGUGCCGGAAGUUCUGGUGGAUUUCCAUUUUCAUCUACAGUGAUUUCUCCUAGAAAUAGUAUCACAUCGUUUAGUAAUCCAACUAAACAACUACGGGCUAACAGUAAUGAUAAUGGUAAUGUCAAUGGAAGAAGAGUGAGUAAUUCCAAUUAUUCAAUAACUUCGACUCCUACUAGUAGCAACAAUCGUUAUUCAUUUAGUGAAUAUUCUAAUGAACAAAUUAUUGAUUUGAUGGAAAGAGAACAAGAUGCUAUUGUAUUAAAAUUGAUGAAAGAAAUUGAAUUUUUAAAGCAAGAAAAUAAAAUGUUACGACUGACUCCAACCCCUGGUGGUAAUAGUGCCACUAGUAAUACUUGCAGUCCCAGUAAUAGUAUAAGUAGUCCUUCAACACCACCAAUUCGUCGAUCUUCAUCAUUAUCGUCUCGUCGAUCUUCAAUCACAGCUAAUAAUAUCAAUAGCACAACUUUUGGUGCUGGCAUCAAUGAAAGUUCAAGAACUGGUAAUUGUGGUGGUAGUACUACAGCAAUGUCAGCUCCUAUAUUUAAUUAUCCAUUUAGAGAUUGUACAUCAACAAUAAAUUCCGGUGGUAAUUUUGAUGAGAUUAGGAAAAAACAAAAAAGUGAAAUGACAUCUAGUAUAUAUAUAGCUCGGAAACCUAGUAUAAAUGGUAGAUAUGAAGAAAUUAUUGAUGAAAAUCGAAAUUUAAAGAGACAAUUGAAAAAAUUACAAGGAGAAUUGGAAUUGUUGAAGAAAAAAUAA